CCAGACAUCACUGUGGAUGUUGAAGAAGGGAGUUACUCAACCUCGGCAUCUUCACUUGCUCAGGCUGGAAUUACAGCUAUUUAUUACAAAGCUCUGCGUGCAGCUUGGUAGAGUGUGCCGAAGGAAGCUCACUUCCGUUGGUUCUUUAGCUCUUCACAACUCUGUUUAAUUCUCAUCACUGACAUGGAGCCCAACAGUCCCAAAAAGAUACAGUUUGCUGUGCCGUUAUUCCAGAGUCAGAUUGCUCCGGAGGCAGCAGAACAGAUCAGGAAAAGAAGACCUACACCAGCAUCACUUGUGAUUCUCAAUGAACAUAAUCCUCCAGAAAUAGAUGACAAAAGGGUGAACAACACACAAGAAGAAUCGCAGAAUGCAUCCCCCAAGCAAAGGAAGCAGAGCGUGUACACAGCACCCACCAUGAAAGGAACAAGCAGCAAAGGAGAAAAGAAGACAUGGGAAUAGAUAAAAGAGGCACCCGCUUUAGGGGAAGAUGGACAAAGAAGAGGAAAGGGGUGUUCUUGUACGGCUGUGUGAUGCGCAACAGAGUAAAACUGAGUUAUGGGUCAGAAAUGUACAAACACAUAUAGUAUGUAAUGGUAUAAGCAUGGUAAAUGGUUAUUUUGUCUUUUAAAACUUGACCUUAGAAAACGACC